AUGAUCAAGAAAGAGGUGGAUGAUUGUUUUUGCAAGGGUUUUCAUGUUCGUUUGUGGAACUUAAUAGAGCUAAUAUUUCUCAUACAGAGGGCGCAGCUGGACCGGACGCGCUCCGCGGCGCGGAAGGCGCUCAGAGGCCUCAGAUUCAUCAGCAAGGCCAAUGAUGUGGAUGGGUGGAAAGAGGUGCAGACCAACUUCGACAAGCUCGCCCGCAACGGUCAUCUCUCCCGCUCCGACUUCGCCCAAUGCAUUGGUAUGAAGGAUUCGAAGGAGUUCGCAUUGGAACUGUUUGAUGCAUUGAGCCGGAGGAGGGGAAUGAAAGCAGAGAAGAUAAGCAUAGAGGAGCUCUACGAGUUUUGGUCGCAGAUCGCUGAUCGGAGCUUCGAUUCCCGUCUCCAGAUCUUCUUUGACAUGGUGGACAAGAACGAAGAUGGACGAAUUACGGAAGCGGAAGUUAAAGAGAUAAUUAUGUUGAGUGCCUCGGCAAACAAUCUGGCGAGACUAAAAGAACAGGCAGAAGAAUACGCAGCUCUAAUCAUGGAAGAACUGGAUCCCGAAAGACUGGGCUAUAUCGAGCUGUGGCAAUUGGAAACAAUAUUGCUUCAAAAGGAUACGUACCUAAACUAUAGCCAGGCACUGAGCUACACGAGCCAGGCAUUGAGCCAAAAUCUAGCAGGGCUUAGGAAGAGGGGACCCAUCAGAAAAUGGAGCACUAAUGUUGGCUACUACUUGGAGGAGAACUGGAAAAGAGUUUGGGUGAUGGCAGUCUGGAUUAGCGUGAUGGCAGGGCUGUUCACAUGGAAGUUUAUUCAGUACAGGAAUAGAUAUGCCUUCGAGGUAAUGGGGUAUUGCCUCACCACGGCUAAAGGUGCUGCCGAGACGCUAAAACUCAAUAUGGCUCUCAUUCUCCUUCCCGUGUGCCGGAAUACUGUUACUUGGCUUCGCUCCACCCGCCUCUCCCGUAUCCUUCCAUUCGACGACAACAUCAAUUUCCACAAGAGCAUAGCGGCAGCAAUCGUGGUAGGGGUGAUACUCCACGCCGGAAACCACCUUAGCUGCGACUUCCCACGCCUGAUAUCAUGCUCGGAAGAGAUGUACGAGGGCUUGAAGCGUCACUUUGGGAAAACAAAGCCCAGUUACAUGAAGCUGGUCAAAGGCUGGGAGGGCGUGACAGGAAUUCUAAUGGUUCUGUGCAUGCUGGUGGCCUUCACCCUUGCUACCCACUGGUUCCGCCGAAGCCUGGUGAAGCUUCCAAAGCCCUUCGACAGGCUCACUGGCUUCAAUGCUUUCUGGUACUCCCACCAUCUGCUUGCCAUUGUCUAUAUGCUGCUUGUCAUCCACGGCCAAUUCCUCUACCUUAUUCACCAUUGGUAUCUGAAAACUACAUGGAUGUACCUUGCUGGUCCUGUUCUUCUAUCCGCAGGGGAGAGGACCCUAAGGGCCCUGAGGUCCGGCUAUUACUCAGUCAGACUUCUUAAGGUUGCGAUUUAUCCGGGUAAUGUUCUGACGUUGCAAAUGUCCAAGCCUCCAGCAUUCCGCUACAGGAGCGGGCAGUACAUGUUUGUCCAAUGCCCUGCAGUCUCACUCUUUGAAUGGCAUCCUUUCUCAAUAACUUCAGCUCCUGGGGAUGGUUACCUCA